AUGGACGUUGUGCCGGGCAGUGGUUUCGUUGGAGACACCGGCAAUGUCUCGAUGUGUACUCCACUAAAGAUUUACCCGCUGGGCGGAGAAAGAGUCCAAGAAUUGUCAUAUCCACCAAUAACUUAUCACUACUCGGUAGGCACGAAUGCUCGACACGUAUACGUUAUCGGGGCACUCACCGAAAAUAACCACUCACAAUUGUAUGUUUGGGAUUUGCAUCGUGGAUGCGCUAAGUAG